CCUCCGGUGGCGGGAAGAGGCGGCGGCGGAAUGGAGGCGCUGGAGAGCGGCGGGGGCGCAGACGAUCGUGGGGCCCAGGAUCCUGCCGCGGCCCCCAGCAAGGGCCCCGGCAGCGCUGGCCACUAUGAGCUGCCGUGGGUUGAAAAAUACAGGCCAGUGAGGUUGAAUGAAAUUGUUGGGAAUGAAGACACUGUGAGCAGGCUGGAGGUUUUUGCCAGAGAAGGAAAUGUGCCCAAUAUUAUAAUUGCUGGCCCUCCUGGAACCGGCAAAACGACCAGCAUCCUGUGUUUGGCACGAGCCCUGCUGGGCCCAGCAAUGAAGGAUGCUGUGUUGGAGCUCAACGCCUCAAAUGACAGGGGCAUUGAUGUUGUGAGGAAUAAAAUCAAGAUGUUUGCCCAGCAGAAAGUCACCCUCCCCAAAGGGCGCCACAAGAUCAUCAUCUUGGACGAAGCGGACAGCAUGACUGAUGGAGCCCAGCAAGCCUUGAGGCGAACCAUGGAAAUCUACUCCAAAACGACUCGCUUUGCUCUUGCUUGUAACGCUUCAGAUAAAAUCAUAGAGCCCAUUCAGUCCCGGUGUGCCGUCCUCCGCUACACGAAGCUGACCGAUGCCCAGAUCCUCGCGCGGCUCUUGAAUGUCAUCGAACAGGAGAAGGUGCCGCAUACCGACGACGGCCUGGAGGCCAUCAUCUUCACUGCCCAGGGAGACAUGAGGCAGGCUUUGAACAACUUGCAGUCUACUUUCUCGGGGUUCGGCUUUAUUAACAGUGAGAACGUGUUCAAGGUCUGCGAUGAGCCCCACCCCUUGCUGGUGAAGGAGAUGAUCCAGCACUGUGUGAACGCCAACAUCGAUGAAGCCUACAAGAUCCUCGCUCACCUGUGGCAUCUGGGCUACUCACCAGAAGACAUCAUCGGCAACAUUUUCCGAGUGUGUAAAACCUUCCAGAUGGCUGAAUACUUGAAACUGGAGUUUGUUAAGGAAAUCGGAUACACUCACAUGAAAAUAGCAGAAGGUGUGAACUCCCUCCUGCAGAUGGCAGGGCUGCUGGCCAGGCUGUGUCAGAAGACCAUGGCCCCGGUGGCCAGUUAGAGCAGGGGCUCGCUGCUUUGGUUGUGAAGGUCCUCAGUCCUGAGUGACAGGAGUCAGGCUUCUGAUGUGGCAUAAUGCUGCCUCCGGCCGGAACCUGCUUCUCUCCAGCGCCUGGGUCCUCCACCUCGUCCUAGUACAACUAUGCUCAUCGGGAACACCUGCUUUCAGACCGAGACACUGAUGUGGGGGUGGGGGAAGGGCCCCAGGGCAACUCCGGGUGCCCUGUGUGUUGGCAUUUUAGCUAAUAAAACCGUUGAUGUUGUCA